AUGCCGCCCAUGGGCUUGACCUUCGCCGAUGUGCAGGCGAUGUCGAGGGAGGCAGAUGCGUUAUACCCCCCCCUCGAACCUCUUCCCGUCCUCCUCGACUACUCUGAAGAGGAAAAACGGAUAUGUGAACUGCAGAAUGGCUUUGGAACUCGAUUGCGCAAGUCUGCGUACUACGUUGUGGAAGCAGUGAAGUCCAACGAGCUUGAACGCUUCUCAGAUAAAUAUCGUCAAUCGCCAGCGUCCCAGCCGACCCUGAGAAGGGUCGACCUCCACGCUCCAUUCUUUCCACAGGAAAUCUUCGAGGGUUACUUCAACCCCAGGAAAAAGCGGAAAACGGAGAAGAAACCUAAACUCUCUCGUCCGCAUCUUGACGAUUUUGAUGAUGAUGCCGAGGAACAGGACAAGAGCGGUGACGAAGGGUCCAACCCCGGUUCACAGCAAGCUGAGUCUGAUUAUGACGUCGACGAAGAGUACGAUAAUGACUACGCCGACAACUACUUCGACAACGGCGAGGGCGACGAUCUAGAUGAUAUGGUGGGCGGGGGAGGGGGGGACGAUGGAGGGGGCGGCGAUUGGGAUUAA